AUGAUUUUAAUAAUUUUGAGCAUUAUAAUUUCAUUGGGAAUAGUUAUUAUAUUUAAGUAUUCAAAAACUAAUAAAAAAGUUAAUGAAGAAUCAAUAAACAAUCCAGAACUAGAAGAGUAUUAUGAUUAUAAGAUUUACGGUGAAAAUAAAAUAAAAAUGAGGGAAGCUUUGUUAAGAAAAGCGGCAGUCACAUGUCUAGUUAAGAUAAAAAGACUAACAAAUAAAAUUGAACGUCUUGGAAAGUUGUAUGAGAAAGGACUAAUUAGUGAAGAAUAUUUAAAUACUUUUAAAAGAAAAGAAGAUGUUUUAGUUGAUGAAAAAAUGGUUAUUGAAAUGGAAGCUGUAUCUAUUAGAAAUGGUUUUGAUGAAAAAGUGUUUAAAGAAGUUAAUAUUCCAAGAAAUGUUAAUCUUGAGAAUAAUGUUCAAAUAAUGAAUAUUGAGGAAUAUAAAAAUAGAAGGAAAGAGUUAUUAUCUAAAAAAUAA